AUGGUAAGACCACACGCGGAAGGCUUCUGUUACGAAGAAUUUGACUUUGAGGUGAUGAAACGAACGCUCAAUUCUCUGAAGUCCUACGGGGCUGACGGUUUCGUCUUCGGUAUUCUGAAUCGAUCCCCACAAAAGCCCUUUGAUCCGAAAAUCUCGUGGGUCGAUGUAUCCCGUAACAGGCAGCUUGUCGAACUAGCGGACGGGCGGCCCUGUACCUUUCAUCGCGCCUUUGAUCUCAUUCCCGAAUCCCACUGGGAGAGCGCAUUGGCCGACAUCAUGGAGUGUGGGUUCGCAUCGAUUUUAACCAACGGCGGUGCUUCGGGGACAAAAGCAACCGACUGUGUCGAUAAGCUGCAAGCUCUAGUCCGUUAUCAAACGCAACUACAGGGGAAAAGAAAACUUCGAAGCAAUAGAUUUCCAGAAAUCAUUGUUGGCGGUGGUGUGAGGGCAUCGAAUAUAGGCUUGCUCCACAGCGUCACUGGUGCCUCGGUCUUCCACUCCGCUGCUCUUCUGGGAUCGGAAGAGGUAACCUGCGCAAAUGAGGUGUUUAAGAUGAAAGAUAAGAUAUCACGGGCAUCGGAGGCAGAUGAAAUGGCGCAAUAA